AUGGCCGAUGGUAUUCGAAAUAGGAAUCUCCGCGCGGCCGAUGGUUUUGUUCGAAAUUCAAAUCCGCGCUCGCGUUUCUCGGGGAGCUCUCGGGGAGCUCAGUCGGGCGGGAGCGCUCGUCAGUGCGGCCGCGUGACGUCUGGCCGGGCUGCAGCGCCAGAGCCGUCGCGCCGGCGCCCGGAAUUGUGUCAGACGCGGCACCCGGAGCACCCCGGCGCCCCGGCCUUCCAUGAAUACACCUCGCUCCGCUUUACGCUUAACGCAUCAAUACACCCGUUACCGUAUGCACUCACGCCAUUUAGAAUUCCCGUUUCACUACAUAAUCCCACACUGUUAGCGAAUCAGGAAACUGGAGAGCUUUACUCGGUGGAUGGCGACACGCCUGCAAAAUCUCUGGUGGUU